UACACCUUAAAAACCAAAUCAUGGACAACAUUAUAUUACAUCAAAAUCAUUAAGAUACAUGUUUGACAAGUAUGAGUUUUAUCAUAAGAGUUUCAAGAACAUGUGGAAGUAAACAGAUACGUGUUUUAUCAUAAGUGUUUCUUGAUAUUUUAUAACCUACAGACAUGUUCUUGGAACCUACAUGUGGACGUCAUAAACGGUUGUGCUAUUGUCCAUCCAUUAAAAGUUUGUUCUGUUUCCCAUGUUUUUAGUUUAAUCAGAUUAUACAUCAAAUAUUCUAUUCAUUAUUCAUCGGCAGAGGACUGUUCCAAGCUCUGAAAAAAAUUGGACUGCUAAUCUCUAAUUUGCAUGUUUGAACACACACUGAUCAAAAUUACAGUUUAGGAAAACCAGGACUGUAUCCGGUUUUUUGAUUUAGUAUUCCGUUUUUUUUUUAAUAUAGGAAUGUUGAAAUUUAUAAAUAUUGUUUUUAAGUCAAUUGAUGUGUUAUAGGCUGAAUUAAGGAAACAAUUCGAAAUGAUUCCGGUCAUUAACUUCACGUUACAACGUGGGUGGCAAGAUUGGAGAUGAAUUUAUAUUAUAUCCUGAAUUAAGGAAACAUUUUGAAAUAAUUGCGGUCAUUAACCAUAUAAUUCAACGAUGGUCACAAGUUUGGAAAUGAAUUUAUAUAUAAUUACCAUUGCUAAUACAAAAAUAUAUGUAAUGAUCUUAUAUCACUAAAUGUGAAACGUAUCAGUGGAUUUCUUUAAAUACGUGAUUGAAACAAUUCCAAAAUCCUGUGCAAGCAAAUAUUAAUUUUAUAUAUGUGCCUAAGAUAUCGUUUCCUUACUUGAUUCUACAAUUAAUAUCUCUAAUACCUAUAUAAGCAAUUCUUUGUCGUCCAUUUAGACACACUCUCAACCCUAAAUCAACUAAUUCUCUAUGGCUGCUAUGGAUACUAUCUCUGAGUUGAAGCCUUUCAAGAACAUGUGGAAGGUGCAAGUCAAAAUAAUCCGCCUUUGGAAACAAUAUUCCGCUGCGGGUGGUGAAACAAUCGAAAUGGUUCUCCUCGAUGUUAGAGGCGACAAGAUUUCUGCAACUGUCAAACGAGAACUCGUGGGGAAGUUCGAUCGGAUGUUGCAGGAGGGUGAGACAAAAGUUUUGAUUAAUUUCACGGUCACCAAUUCAUCUGGUUCUUACCGAACCACCAAACAUCCUUUCAAGAUUGUUUUUCUCCCAACCACACGUGUGCGGAUUUGUGAGGAGUUGUCCAUGAACUUAUCUGGUUUGAAUCCUGUUAACUUUCGUGAUGUUCUCAGUGGUGGUCUAGAUGAUGAUUACUUGGUUGAUGUGAUUGGCCAGAUUGUUGAAGUUGCGCAGAUGGAAAUUGUUUCUGUUAAUGGAAAAGACACCCAGAAGAUCUCGAUUGAACUACGGAAUGAGGAGGAUGAACGUCUCCCACUGGUACUAUGGGGGAAGUUUGCUGAGGAUGUUAGCAGUGCAAUUAAGUUGCAUAGUGAGCAGUCCAUUGUUUGUGUUUUGCGUUUUGGCAAGAUUAAAGAAUGGAAAGACAAUCGUAGCAUCUCCAACGCUUACAAUGUCUCAAGUGUUGCCUUGAAUCCAAUUAUGGACGAGGUCCAAGCAUUCAUGAGUUUGCUACCAAAAGAUGAUUUGGCUUUAGCCAUUGUUGACUCUAAGUCAAAUGCUAUCGUUUCUGGUAUUAAGGAAAAGGAUGACUUCUUUUUUCACACUCCUAGGAAAACUAUUGCCCAGGUUUUGGAAUCCAAACAGGUGGAGAAGUGCAUUGUAAUGGCUUCAAUUGGAGCCAUUGAUUCCGAUAUGGGUUGGUACUACUUAAGUUGUAAGGUGUGUGCAAAGAAGGUAUUGACAGUGCCCAUUGAGAUGGAGGAUGGAGACGAUGUGGAUGUUGGCGGUCACAAUUACUACUGCCUGAAGUGCAAAAAGAACAAUCCUCCACUGCUUCCUAGGUAUAAGUUGCAUUUGGUGGUACUUGAUAGUACAAAUAACACCAAGUUUCUGUUGUUUGAUAAUCUUGCAAUGCAACUUCUACACAAACCAUGUAUUGAGCUUACUGGUCCUGUUACUGAUGAGAUCCAGGAUCCUGAUGUGUUUCCACCUAUUCUUAAUGAUUUGGUUGGGAAAACAUUCUUAUUCAAGAUUGGUAUUGAAAGAGAGAAUUAUUUAUAUAAGAAUCCCACUUUCAAAGUCCUGAAGAUCAUGACAAACAUAGGCUUGAUUAAUGAGUUCGACGCCAUUGGAUCCCCAACGGAAAGUCAGAGCACAUCUGGAGGGACAUUUUCUGCUUUGUCUGAUGCACCUGAGGCGUCCCUGAUAUUACAUGGCGGAUCAUCCCAGCUGACUGAGUCUAAUGAGAUGACACCAGCCAAGAGGUCUAGACCACCAGUCGUUAACUUGGAGGAUGCUUUUGAUCAGAAUUCUGUUACAAGGUCUGCGUGUACUAUCAGAGUCAAGAAGGAGAAGAGUGGCUGAGAUGGACUAUAGAAGACCUGUUUGAGU